UUAAAAACACAGCGAAACGAUAAUAAAAGUUCAAACUGUUAUUACAAUAUUCAAAAUCUCUUCUGUGUGCGAUUUAUGAUCCAAUGAUACGCUGGUCACUUAUACAACUUUGAAUACAUAAGAAAAAGACCCGUCAUCAGUAUCUGUUUUAUAUAUAUGUAGUUUUGUAUUACGUAGUAGGAUUUUUAACAAUAGAAAUCUCUUAUAAGAUGGCAACGCCAGUAAUUAGAAGAAGAAUAAUUGACAUUGGAGCUAAUCUUACUGAUCCCAUGUUUCGAGGCAUAUAUAAUGGCAAUAGAAAGCAUGUAGAUGAUUUACAUGAAGUCUUACGUAGGGCAUGUGCUAAUGGAGUUCAAAAGAUUCUUGUUACUGGAGGAAGUUUAGAAGAUUGUAGAACAGCUUUGCAAAUUGCAAAAUCAUGUGAUAUGCUUUGGAGCACUGUUGGUUGUCAUCCAACACGCUGUUUGGAAUUUGAAGCUUGUGGGGAUGCCGGUGGGUAUUUGCAACAGUUAAAACUCUUGGCUCUGGAAAAUAGAUCAAAUGUCGUAGCUGUUGGAGAAUGUGGUUUGGAUUAUGACCGUUUAGAAUUUUGUCCUAAAGAAACUCAACUGAGGUACUUUGAGUGUCAGUUUGAUAUUGCCGAAACAAGCAGACUACCUAUGUUCCUCCAUUGUCGUAAUGCAUGUAGUGAUUUGCUUGCCAUAUUAAGAAGAAAUAGGGAUCGCUUCAGAACAGGUGUGGUGCAUUCCUUUGAUGGCACCCGAGAAGAAGCUAAAUCAAUUCUUGACCUUGGACUCUACAUUGGCAUCAACGGAUGCUCUUUAAAAACCAGAGAAAACUUAGAUGUUGUUGCUAGUCUUCCGGCUGAUAAAUUAAUGAUUGAAACAGAUUCUCCUUGGUGUGAAAUUAGAAGUACGCAUGCUGGAGCCAAACUUGUAAGGACCACAUUCCCAUGCAAAAAGAAGGAAAAAUUUGAGUUUGGAUUUCAAGUUAAAGGACGUAAUGAGCCUGCCAACAUAGUACAAGUACUGGAAGUGAUGGCUGCCAUUAGAGGAGAAGAUAUAAAUGAGUUGGCAGAUACAUUAUAUGAAAAUACAUGUCGUGUGUUUUUUGAUGGUGAUCAAAAGUAACAUAUGCCAAGUUAUUGUACAGAAUAAUAGAUCUAUCGUUUUUAAAAUAAAAGUAG